CUUUCUCUCUCUCUAACAAAAGUCAAUUAACCCUCAGUUUGAACUGAGAGAAAAAGAGAGCAAGAGAGAGAGAUUGUGUUGUGUUGAGUCAGUCAAUGGGUUCAUUAGAAGGCCUGUGUGCUUGCUGCCUGCCUGGCUGGCUGUUGGCCUUGCCAACUUAUUGUCUCUGUCUCUUUUGGCUGCAGGUGAACACAAGGCCCAAUGACUGUUCCCCCGCCGCCAUCGGCUCUAUGCCCAACAAUAGUCCCAGUCUAAAGAAGUCCUCCGCAGAGCUAAAGAAGAUUUUGACUAAUGGACAGAUCAAUGGCCAAGACAUACAAUACCAGGAGCAGCUUGGCCAUGGAAACGGAGGGACCGUGUACAAAGCGUACCAUCUUCUCGGCAACAGAGUGUUGGCGGUGAAGGUCAUUCCUUUGGAUAUCACAGUGGAGCUACAGAAACAGAUCAUGUCCGAGUUGGAGAUCCUCUACAAGUGUGAUUCCUCCUACAUCAUAACCUUCUACAGUGCCUUCUUUGUGGAGAACAGGAUCUCCAUAUGCACAGAGUAUAUGGACGGUGGCUCUCUGGACGUAUACAGGAGGAUCCCAGAACAUGUGUUGGGUAGGAUCUCUGUGGCGGUUGUGAAAGGCCUAACCUAUCUAUGGAGCCUGAAGAUUCUUCACAGAGACGUCAAGCCUUCCAACAUGCUGGUCAACACUAGAGGUCAAGUGAAGCUCUGUGACUUUGGAGUCAGCACGCAGUUGGUGAAUUCCAUCGCCAAGACGUAUGUGGGAACUAAUGCCUACAUGGCACCGGAGAGGAUAUCUGGGGAGCAGUAUGGUAUCCAUUCAGACGUCUGGAGCGUGGGCAUCUCCUUCAUGGAGUUGGCACUGGGCGCUUUCCCCUAUCCACAGAUUCAGAAAAACCAAGGAUCUUUAAUGCCUCUCCAGUUACUGCAAUGCAUCGUUGAUGAGGAGCCUCCUGUUCUUCCUGUGGGUCAGUUCAGCCAGAAGUUUGUCCACUUCAUCACACAGUGCAUGAAGAGACUCCCCAAAGAGAGGCCUGCUCCUACCAACCUUAUGGACCAUGCCUUCAUCCUGCUCUAUGACGAUGGCAAUGCGGAGGUGGUGUCCAUGUGGGUGUGUCGCUGUCUAGAGGAGAGAAGAGCCCAGGCUCAGGGACAGAUGUGACCCCGUAAACACAGGAGAUCACAGAGAAGUUAAGCGGUCAAGGGUAUCAUGUAGGGCCAGGAUGAUACCAGUAUCUCUAUACUCGUUAAUAUCGUGGCAAAGAAACAAAACACCAAGCGCGGGGGAAGAGGAAAACAGUCCUGAUGUUGGAAACAAAACAUCAUUAUGAUGUCAUCCAGAGUCACAUUUAUUUAUUUUCUAUCUAUAGCUCACAAUAUUUUACAUACAGCAGGUGUUUAAAGGACUGAAAGAGUUUGGUCUGCUUUGUGUUUUCAUUUUUGCCAUAGAAACAAUAUUGCGAUACUGGUAUGGUCCCGGCCCUAAUAUCAUGCCCCAAUCUCUCUGGACUUUCACCAUUCGUGAACCCCAGGAGUGGACAGUAAAUAUCAAAGACGCGGUUUCUAAAACGUAUUGAAGACCUCCAUUGUGUAAAGAGGGCGUCUGUACGUCCAACGUCAGUAAGCCAAGAGGAUACUGGAUCUUUACAACUGAACGUUCGUUGCAAGUGGAACUUUGUUAUCUGGGCCCUUGGCGUGUUGACUGAUGUCUUGAUGGUGUAUCCUGGCGACUCUCACACUCCAAACCUGGCUGUGUGAUGACGCUGCUUUAUCAAUGAAUUUACAAGUGAGUGGGACUUAUUCCGUGACUGUUUGCCUACUUAGUUAUUUCUAAGACUUUAGGCAGAAUGUCAGAGUAAGUGAUCAACGAUGAGAUGGGGCUUGAAAACCCAAAUGGCUUUACAAUAACAAAGAAGUGCUAUUUUCCAGGAUGUGGCUCGGAUAACCUGUUACGCUUUAUUGUUGGCAGCUUUCUAGUGAAUGUGGAGGUGUGGCGGUGCAUACAGCAGUAACCCCUGUGUGUGUGCAGCAGUAACCCGUGUGUGUGUCGGUAUGUAAGGCAGUAACCCAUGUGUGUGUACAGCAGUAACCCCUGUGUGUGUCGGUAUGUACAGCAGUAACCCAUGUGUGUGUACAGCAGUAACCCAUGUGUGUGUACAGCAGUAACCCAUGUGUGUGUACGGCAGUAACCCCUGUGUGUGUACGGCAGUAACCCCUGUGUGUGUGUACAGCAGUAACCCAUGUGUGUGUACGGCAGUAACCCAUGUGUGUGUACGGCAGUAACCCAUGUGUGUGUACGGCAGUAACCCCUGUGUGUGUGUACAGCAGUAACCCAUGUGUGUGUACGGCAGUAACCCAUGUGUGUGUACGGCAGUAACCCAUGUGUGUGUACGGCAGUAACCCAUGUGUGUGUACGGCAGUAACCCAUGUGUGUGUACGGCAGUAACCCAUGUGUGUGUACGGCAGUAACCCAUGUGUGUGUACGGCAGUAACCCAUGUGUGUGUACGGCAGUAACCCAUGUGUGUGUACGGCAGUAACCCAUGUGUGUGUACGGCAGUAACCCCUGUGUGUGUACGGCAGUAACCCCUGUGUGUGUACGGCAGUAACCCAUGUGUGUGUACGGCAGUAACCCAUGUGUGUGUACGGCAGUAACCCCUGUGUGUGUACAGCAGUAACCCAUGUGUGUGUACGGCAGUAACCCCUGUGUGUGUACAGCAGUAACCCAUGUGUGUGUACGGCAGUAACCCCUGUGUGUGUGUACGGCAGUAACCCCUGUGUGUGUACAGCAGUAACCCCUGUGUGUGUGUACGGCAGUAACCCCUGUGUGUGUACGGCAGUAACCCAUGUGUGUGUACGGCAGUAACCCAUGUGUGUGUACGGCAGUAACCCAUGUGUGUGCCUAAUGUUUUUACAAUGAUGUUUCUGUGACAUUACUUUACCUCAUCGAGAUACACUAUAUAUAUAUAUAUAUAUAUAUACGAAAGUAUGUGGACACCACUUCAAAUUAGUGGAAUUGACUAUUUCAGCCACACUCGUUGCAGACGGGUGUAGAAAAUCGAGCACACAGCCAUGCAAUCUCCAUAGACAAACAUUGGCAAUAAAAUGGCCUUACAGAGGAGCUUAGUGAAUUUCAACGUGGCACCGUCAUAGGAUGCCACCUUUCCAACAAGUCAGUUCGUAAAAUUUCUGCCCUGCUAGAGCUGCCCUGAUCAACUGUGAGUGCUGUUAUUGUGAAGUGGAAACGUCUAGGAGCAACAACGGCUCAGCAGCAAAGUGGUAGGCAAUACAAGUUCACAAAAUGGGACUGGCAAGUGCUGAAGCGCGUAGUGUAAAGAUCGUCUGUCCUCAGUUGCAACACUCCCUACCGAGUUCCAAACUGCCACUGUUUUUCGCGAGCUUCAUGAAAUUGGUUUCCAUGGCCAAGCAGCCAUACACAAGCGUCGGCUGGUGUAGUGUAAAGCUCGCCGCCAUUGGACUCUGGAGCAGUGGAAACACGUUCUCUGGAGUGAUGAAUCACACUUCACCAUCUGGAAGUCCGACAGACAAAUCUGGGUUUGGCGGAUGCCAGGAGAAAGCUACCUGCCCGAAUGCAGAGUGUCAACUGUAAAGUUUGGUGGAGGAAUAAUGGUAUGGGGCUGUUUUUCAUGGUUCAGGCUAUGCCCCUUAGUUCCAGUGAAGGGAAAUCUUAACGCUACAGAAUACAAUGACAUUCUAGACGAUUCUGUACUUCCAAUUUUGUGGCAACAGUUUGGGGAAGGCCCUUUCCUGUUUCAACAUGACAAUGUCCCGUGCACAAAGCGAGGUCCAUACAGAAAUGGUUUGUCGAGAUCGGUGUGGAAGAACUUGACUGGCCUGCACAAAGCCCUGACCUCAACCUCAUCGAACACCUUUGGGAUAAAUUGGAACACCGACUGCGAGCCAGGCCUAAAUCGCCCAAUGGAAGCAAGUCCCCACAGCAAUGUUCCAACAUCGAGUGGAAAGCCUUCCCAGAAGAGUGUAGGCUGUUAUAGCAGCAAAAGGGGGACAUACUCCAUAUUAAUGGCCUUGAUUUUGGAAUGAGAUGUUCGACAAGCAGGUGUCCACAUCCUUUAGGUCGUGUCGUGUAUAAUGGCCUCGGCAGUAGAAGUGAUACAGGGCGACCAUUUUGCUCACAUAUGCGUCUAAAUAUUUUGCUGUGUGAAAAUCAUCUAGAUAAUUGUUGCAAUGAUUGCUUCACUGUACCGCAGCCCCUAAGUGCCGUGGAGAAUACACUGAGCGCAGAUUCAUGACAGUCAUGCUUGCACCGUUACAUCAAAUAUUUUUUAUUGUGCUCUUAAAUUUCUUUGUGUGCUGCUAAAUGUUUCAAUUUAGAUGCACACGUGCUCCUUGUAAAAGGAAAAAGGUCAGCGUAGAGCCCUGUAGUAGUAGAAGCAUUGCUUGGGGAUCCUAACCUAUACCAGGCCACAUUGUGGGGACUCUUCAACCACUCAGUGCCAUGGAGUUCUACUCUUCUAUUCUUCCAAACCUGUUAAUGAUGCAACACAAACAAACUUCACAACAACUUUGAGAAAAGUCUUAAAGAACUUUCCAUUUGUUAUUUAUGUUAAUUUGGAGACGAGCACCAGAUUUAUGGUUGAUGAUUCCAUUAACUCACCACCUGUAUAACCAUAUUUAUAUUAUCAUUCAAAUAUACUCCUUCACGUUGACUUCAUUUGAUUGUCCUUGACGUGGAACUGACAGCAUUUUAACUACUUUGCAGAUAUGAAAGGCAAUCAUAUCAGUAAAAAAUAUACAAUUCCCAGUUUAUGCUACAAAACCAACUUGUCAAGAGGUUUUAAAAAUAGGUUAUAUUUGACAAGAACAUCCAUGACGUACAGUAAGGCAUUGUUGUCAGAAUAAAUGGAUAUAGUUCAAUGCAAGAUUAAUAUAGUCCCAAAAAAUUGGUAUCAGGUUGUAAAUCACAGCUGGCCUGGUACACUGCUGCCUCCAUCCAAUUCGGGAUGCUUGGUUUGUUUCAAUGACUCAAUAUUUUUUGGACAAAAACAGCUGGGAAUGUCAAUAUAUUCAAACUAGCAAGUGCAGUGAUCACAAGUCAGUCAUAAUGUGGCUAAUAGGCUAGCGUAUCUAUUCAGCAAGGUAAAAACACUGAGCUAAACGUUAGCUAGCUAGCUUCUGGGAAGUAUUGGGAGGAUGUCGAGUCAUUGGGUGAGUGAGUGACCGACUUUUUCCCCUCAGUUUUUUGGUGGCUACAGCUAAGAGAUGCAGGUGUCGUUUGGUUAGCUAGCAAGCAAGAAAUGUGAAUCGCUUUGCUAGCUAGCUAUGCUGACUGUUAUUCAGUUAGCAUAUAUCUUGCAUUCGUAAAUUAAUUCUGGCUAUCCACUCCGAUUUCAGAGCCCUCUCAUCUGAGCGCCAGGGCGCAGAACCACUGAUGAAUUUACGACGCGCAACACCCGCUGAAUAUGACCGUGUCAGUAAACGUAAGGAAAAAACGUCAUUCAAUUGUUGCCAGCAGCACAGUUAGUCACUAACUCUCUAGAUAAAAUGAAAACAGCCUAACCAGCUUUGCUAGGGUGCGUAAAAUGGUCAGAGUGAGAUGUUCUCUCAUUUGUGUCGAAGUAGCUAGCCAACUUUAGGCAGAGAUGGCUUGGGUGCUUGACUGCUGUUGAGGGACGCUGGGAUCAACGCUCCUCCUCGGCCAGAGUGGACAGAGCGCACACUGCACUUAACGCUCGGAGAGCGAAACGCGCGGAAUUUACAGACAAUCCGACAACGCUCCAAAUGUAUGAAUACAGAGUGCACUAACACACGGGAAGCAAUUUACAAACGCACCCGUAGUUGUCAAUCAAAUGUAUUUGCCAUCAAUCAAAUGGACAGGCAGGCAAAUUCCCAUUCAGUUGUCAAAACCUGGGUUGGGACAAGCAUGCAUUGGCAGACAGGCUGCAGAACAGUGAGCAGGCUACUAUUCCCUUUUGUUUAUCAGUGCAAUUAUGACUGCCAACUAGCUGAAAUAAUUUGAGAGGGUUUAUCUAAUGUUCUCUCAUUAGAUUUUAGCUCAUCUCGCUCUGGCUAGCAUUAGUUGUUGAUCUUGUUGUGCAUAACUAAUGUAGAGAGAGAGCACCUUUUCAUGGUUGUUUGAUCAAUGACUGUAAAGUUCCCAAAUGUAAGAACACUGCAGUGGUAUUCACACACAUUUAUUUGCAGAAAUAAGUUCAGGUGUAUUUUGUGGCUUUUGGAGAAUGCGUUCUAAUAAGCUAAAGUCGCGCUGUUGCACCUGCCUGUAAACACACAGUCCAGUUCAAAGUGAAUGAUGACAGGCCCAACUGCCUGUAAACACACAGUCCAGUUCAAAGUAAAUGAUGACAGGGCCCUGUGACAAAUUGCUUAUUUGCAUAAAGGCCUACUGUAGCUCUGAUUGGCCCACCCAGUCUGUGUGGACUCCGGUCCUGGACAAGACAGAUGUUUUUAAUAGGUUUUAUUUACUGCAGUGUCUACUCAUUGUCCAAACACACAGACCCUUUCCCACUCUAUAUUGCUAUAGAAUUUUCACAAAUGCCUUACUCUACGUCAUUGCCAAACAUUCUAUACAAAUGUGAAAAGGACCAUAUCUAAGUGCUCGCUUGUCAGAAUUAAAAAUAUAUAUAUAUAAAAAUGUGUAAUUGUUCCUGGGGGUGUAUAUAAACAGGACUUUAAGAUUUCAUGUUGCUAAAAUGCUGUCAGUUCCACUUUAAUGCCUAGGUUGCUUGGUGCAGAUGGUAUUGCAUUUUCUUAUUGAAUAUUUCAAUAGAUAAACCUGGACCAGUUGUAUGUGUGUGUGGGGGGGGGGGUUAUAUUUAAAGAGAAAUCAGUUAAAGGAGUCAUUCACAGUUCAGCACAAUCAGCUUUUUACUCCUGUUUUAUUUUACAUGGUACACUGGAAACAUUUGCUUCACUUUGUUCUCCAAAAUGAUUCCCAUCAAUGAGAGGUUUGGCAGCACUCUCCAGUGCUUUAAUGGAUGGUUCUGUAUUAAGCGUCUCAGAAAAGGAGUGCUGAUUUAGAACCCGUUUUGCCUUUUAGAUCCCAACGGUGAGAUUACAUGGACUGGGGGGGGACCUGAUCCCAGAUCAGCACUCCUACUCUGAGACGCUUGACACAUACGGACCCAGAUUGUUUUUAAAGCUAUCUGGUAUGCAGAGACUCUGUUCGACACUGUAGUGACAACCUUUCAGACAGUUGUCUCAGACUUUGCCGUAAUGUGAUUUAAGUGGCCUUCUGAGAACACACAGUCUGAGUUAUGCCAGUUGAAAUGGUUUAAUGUGUUGUUGUGCAAUGUGAUAUGUAAAUCACCAUUCAUUCAUUUGAUCAGGGGAAGAAAGUGCAAUAUUAUAACCGCAUCAACAAUAACAAAAAUCUUAAUGUCCUUGUAUUUCUACGACCAAUAAUGUAUUCUCUCUUCACUGAAAGAUUGCCCAGUGUUGUUGCAAUAACCAUGAGCGUUUUAAAAUAUAACCUGUACCCAGUCACCCAUGACCAUGAAAAGUAUUCUAUGUCAAAACUAGCUGUAGCAAAUUGGAUGCCUUUUGAGUUUGAAUUGGUUCGUGAACUGGAUUAAUUGAUGAAUGAGACAUGGAUUAAAGUGGUUCAAUUUUGAUAAUAACAA